AACAUCUUUAUCAGAAAAAUUUCGUCGAAAAGAAAAACAGAAAAAGAGACGAACGAAAAAUUGAUGUUUGAUCUCAGAAAUGAUGCUAUUUUUUGAUCCUGCGCGUUGAUUGAAUAUUAAUCGUUCAAAUGAAUACCAUAACUAUUUCGACAUCUCGUUCCAAAACCAGCAUACUCGAUAAAUCUUUGAGCAAAGGAAAAGGGGAAGUUAGUCUGACGUGUUUCGCUCUCCUAUUCUCAGAGAUUGUUCAGUACUGUCAAAAUCGUUCUCAUACCAUUCCAGAGCUUCAAAAUAAACUUUCAGAAUUUGGAAAAGAUGUUGGAUCUAAACUGAUAGACGUAGUAUUCAUUCGUGAAAAGAACUACAAAAGAGAAACAAAACUACUCAAUAUUCUCAUAUUCAUCAAAUCCACAUUCUGGAAAAAUUUAUUUGGACGAGAAGCCGAUAAACUGGAACAUGCUAACGACGAUGAGAGAAUGUAUUAUUUGAAAGAGAAAGAUCCUCUCGUUAAUAAAUUCAUAUCAGUUCCCAAAGAUAAAGGCGUAUUAAAUUGUGCUGUGUUCACUGCAGGAAUCAUCGAAGCAGUUCUUAACUCAUGUGGAUUUCCUUCCAAAGUGACCGCUCAUUGGUAUAAUGGAACGACGUACAUGAUUAAAUUCGACGAUUCAGUUAUCGCCAGAGAUAAACAAAUGGAUGAAAAAUGAAUUUCCUGCAAUAUAAAUAAGUUUAUACACGUUAUAUUAAUAAAGUUUUAUUACAUA